GGCGCACUUCAAUCCGCAACCGGUAGAGCAAUGUUCGGUACAAACGAACACGGAGCUAUUUUGAAACAGUCCAGAGCAGGGAUGAAGAGGCCCAGGAGCCCCGGGCUGCUGGAGAAUGUCCUCCCGCCGAAGGCCGAGGAAGAGGAGGKGGAUGAAGAAGAGGAGCGAGCCGCCCCGGGGCGGAGGCCUAAGCGGGAGAGGAGACAGAGCAGUGUGACUCUGUGUGAGGUGUGUAACAUCCAGCUUAAUUCAUUGGCCCAGGCCCAGAUCCACUACAACGGCAAGACUCACCAAAGAAGGCUUCGCCAGUUCAAUCUCGCCAAGGCCUCCAACGCCACGCACACACGCACAGGUACACUGUCCCAGGCCAACCCCCUCCUGGCCUCCCUAUCCCUCCCGGGACGGCCCCUCCAGACCCAGCUGAACAUCAAGCACUUCCUGCCGCUUCACGUCAACGCCUCCUCCCCCCUCAACCUCUUCCCCAACUUCAACAUGUCUGGCUUGUUUUGUGUGCGACAGAUGGACCCGGUUCAGAAGGCGGUUAUCAACCACACGUUCGGUGUUGCACCGCCCAAGAGGAAACAGAUAAUCUCCUGCAACAUCUGUCACCUCCGCUUCAACUCCACCAACCAGGCUGAGGCUCACUACAAGGGCCACAAACACGCACGCAAGCUGAAAUCCAUGGACGCCCAGAGGAACCGUCAGAGGGGCCAGGGCUCCAUGGCAGGGAGGGAGAGAGACAGGGAGAGGGGGAAGACUGGAGUGGYAAAGUCCCUACCAGCACUGAUGGACCACAGCCUCACAGAAGGAACAGGCCUGCUCUCGUCUCCCCAGCUCCCCACCAGACCGAAGCUGGAUGACAACCUCCAGGGGGUCUCCCCCACCCCUAUGCCCAUCUCGGAGACCUCUUCCCUGGACGUCUUGGCCCUCAUCUCCCCCCAGGUCUCUCCUGCUGUCUACCAGCUCUCGGAGCUCACGUCAGACGGUAGCCCUAUGGAGGGCCCCAGCCCGACCCCAGACUCCAACCCGUCACUGGAGGGCCAGGGGGAGUCCCCAGGGGCACCAGGAGGGGAAGAGGAGACCAGGCAGGGCAAAAAGAGUCCCCCCGCCAAGCAGCACCUCCACUGUCCCAUGUGCAAAAUCACAGUCAACUCCUCGUCCCAGCUAGAAGCCCACUAUAGCGGCUCCAAACACAAGCAGGUGCUGGAGGGCCAGGCGGGUGCUCAGGCGCGACGCCGAGGCAAGGUAAUGUCAUUGCCUAGGCCGACAUGCAGGAGCAAGCAGGCAAUCAGCAGCAAGGCCAGGGUGGGCGUGGCCCUGGCUAGCCAACCGUUCCACUGCGAGAUGUGCGAGGUGUCCGUCAACUCAGAGACGCAGCUCAAACAGCACAUGAGCAGCAGAAGACACAAAGACCGGUUGUCAGGAAAGCCCCAGAAACCGAAGUUCAGCCCUUAUACUAAGAGCCAGCCAAACCCUGUUUUAGCGAGCGUGAGAUGGAGUGGUUUCCCGUUGGGGGGGUGACCUCGGCCAUAGGGAAACUGGCCAGCCACUGCCACCUCAGCACUUACAGCCCUCAGACCAAACUGGCCCUGCAGAAGCAUCUGUCCAAGGCCCUGUCGGCAGGUUUCCUGGCCAGCCACAUGAACCCGGCCACCCUUUGCACCAUGGCCUCCAAUCCUCUGACCCUGCGGGGCCCCCCGGGGCCAGGCCACACACCCCUCAUCCAGACCCCCCUGCUCAGCCCUGCGCUCUUCAGGCCUGCCCCGGGGCCCCUGAGGGCCACUCACACGCCCAUCAUCUUCUCUCCGUACUAGCCGAGUUUGGACAAGCCUGGAUCAAAUUGACCUAGGCUGGACAAGCCAAGCUUGGACUAGCCUGGAUCAAAUUGGCAUACAUUUACAUUUUAGUAGAGCAGACGAUCUAGCCUUUCUAGAUGAAAAAUAAGGACCUAAGUGGAGCUACUCUGAGGCCCUGUCCAGAAACAACCCUUUACCCUCCCACCUUGGCAGUUGUGUACAGUACUGUAUAUCAUUUUAUACUGUAUAAAAUGAUUAGAUAGGUACUGUAUGUAAGCAAUACGGUUGGAGCUCCACUUUGACUUCUAAUAGGCUAAGUGGAAUGUUCACCCUAUCGCUGAAACCCUUGAUAUCCUUUCAGAUCUUCACAAGUGCACAGAGGUUAAGGGUUGAUUUUGGACAGGACCUAAAACAUCUAUGCAGCCAAUGAGAGCAGAGCAGCGUGCCACCAAGUCCAACAUGCAAAACCGCUUACUGGCUACGGUGCUACACACUGGAGAACCAGAGAUGGCCAUGGCGUUUCAGCCACAAAAUUGCUGCCCCUCUCUCCCGUUGGCUCUCUGAAGACUGUCGACUGCAUGCUCCAACUUGGUCUGGAGGACCCUCUUUGAAGCCAUAGCGACGAACGAUCAAGUUUUAUUUGUUUUGUGCUAUUUAUUAGAUGACGAUAGAGAAGUAGGCCUAUAUUUAUGUCACGUAUAGUGUGCGUUGCCGAUGUCCCCUCGCUUUAGGAUUUUCCAAACAGUUUCACUCUGGGAGUAGGCCCACACUGUCAGAUUUCCCUUGUCCAGUAUUAGUCUAUCACCUUUUGUCAAGGAUACUGUUUUAUUUGUUUUGUGCUUUCAGCUAAGGUACUUUUCAACUAACACUUUCAUUGAAACCCGGUAUUAAAUCCCAAAAGAGCUAACCUAGCUAGGUAGAGUAUCCACCGCAUUCACGGUAAAUGCUACAUACUGUAUGUCGGCUCAAUCGGAAAGGACUUUCAAAUGUCAAUUCGCUAUAACGCGGAUCUACCUAAACGGUUUGAAGCCUGGCUUUGGUCUGGGAACAUGAUGCACGAUGCCAAUGUGAGACCCCGAGUCCCAGCAACCACAGACCCAUCAGACAACACAUUAUUAGUAAUUCUGUGUGGCUCAGGCAACGGCAUGGUCAUGUGUUCAAUUCUCGCAGGGAACACAUACACGUACUAAAGAAUGUAUGCACUCACUGUACUUCAAGUCGCUCUGGAUAAAUGAUGUAUACCCUGCUCUCAGCAUUUGACAGAGAAAGAGACAUAAAUGUAGCUGGUCCCAGAUCUGUAUAUGCUUUCAAGAUAUUCAGAGGAGCUGGCUCAAGCAGAUCUGAAGUCAGGUUAACAUUGAUGGGUAUAAGAAGGUAUCGAUGAGGUAAGGGUCACGCUCUCUCGUGCUCUUUAUUUUCCCUCUUUCUCCCUUUCUUCCCUGUGUAAAAAGCAGUAUUAGUACAGCCGCAAUCAGCCCCCCCACUCAAACCUGAUGGAGAAUAUUUUACUUCAGGGAAACAGGACUAAAGAGACAGAGAGAAGGGGGAGGGAGAGAGAGUGAGAGAAGCUUGCAUUCAAAACACCCAUAAUCUGGGGCUUAUUCAGGAGGGUGCAACGUCACAGAACAUUUAUCAUUUAGCAUAGAAGUACAGUACCAGUCAAAAGUUUGGACACACCUACUCAUUCAAUGGUUUUUCUUAAUUUUUUACUAUUU